GUGCGUGCGUGCGUGCGUGCGUAUGCGGCGCGAGUGAGGAGAAUGGCUGCAGUGCAUGUGUGGAGACGGCUAUGUUGGUGAUACUAUUUUGUCUACAUUUGCAUACUACAUUAAAAAACAGACGUGGCUCAUGGAUCGGAAAUUUUUGCCGGUGCUAUCUGUAAUUUCCCAUUUGUCGAUUAUCCUGGAAAUGAAAAUUACGCUGGAGCCUGAGACCGAUACUGGGUCGGAUCGCAAACAAAUAUCAGGACUAACUCCACUGUGUAACUGUAUGUAGAUCAUAGAAUACCGGAGUUUUCUAUUGCAAUGUCUGUGGUGACAUUCCACAGUGACAAAUGGCUGGAGGAGGAGAGAGCAACAGUGUUGUGUGUGCAUUCUGUGCUCCUAUCCGUUUCAGUUCCCCUUGGUGUUUUUGUAAUAGGUUUUUCUUACAUUCAAACUUAACUGUUUUCUUUUUCAUUUCUGCAUUCCCAAAUAAAUUGCAUGAGGACAAAAAGCAGCAAAUUUGGUAUGAACAUUUUGUGUCACAAUGGAUCACAUGGAUCGCGACAAUAUGCACUCUGCACAUUAAGAGCAAAGUGAAACUGCACUCAACUGUGUGCAGAUAUUAAAGAAUCGUUUCCCAAACAUAUCUGACAGCCUGUUCAUGUAAAGAAACCCAAUAUCUGUUGACCUGAAAUCUCCCCGGUGUACUGUCUGUAGCUGUGUGAUAUCUAUUGAUGCAGUAAUUCAAUAAAUCAUUAUGGUGUCCAGAGCUGUUAACAGACAAAAUAUCUGUCAUAACUGUCUAAAAUAACCAAUCAUCAAAUCUAGUUCAUGCAUCUCCUUAGCCUUGUUCUUAGUCAUUAUAGCAUCCUUAGAAAUAUUCUAAUAUUACUCCACCCUGAGUUUCCCCCCUUUCUAUUUCCUCUGUUUUUAUUAUAGUCAUGCCUCUGUUGUCAUACUGCUGGUCAUCAGGACACCUGCAGCCACACAAAAAAUGCUGAAAAAAUCUGUUAAAGCAGAAAGACUGAGGUAUAUUCAUUAAAACAAGAACAUUUGCACAGAUGCAAGCUAGCAGCCUGUCAUUACACUGUCGGAGGCGGCACACACAAACUGCUUGGAGACAGGCAGCAGUUGCUUAGCAAGGAGACGGGGAGAGACUACAUUCUGGAAGCCGAAAAACGAGGGAGUUGUAUUCCAGGGAAGAAGAGGAAAUGCCAAGAGAGGGGGAAACGAAAUGACAGAAUGGAUGAUAAGCGGAGACGAGUGGAUAAAAUCAGCUGACUGCUCUGUGUUAUGAACAGCCUUUUUGUCCGGAAACAACUAAUCUGGCCUACUCCCAGGAUGCCUACCUCCGUGGCCACAGCAGCUACAGUGGAAAUGCCUCUCACAUUUCUGAGCCACCCCCUGUAUGCUAUCCCAGAGUAGACUGUAAGCCUAAGGACAUGGCCCGGGCGACAGAUUCAGUGGGUAUCAGGGGGUCUGCAGCACCUACUGACCAUGGGUACCGUAAGGAGAUCACUGUGCCCCCUUCUCCCCCUCCUAAGUCAUAUCCAAAAAGUCAGAUGGCAGUGUGCAUGCGCAACGACAGCGUGAAGACUGUGGUGGUUCCACCAGACCGUAUGGGACAUAUGGGUCCAGCACAUAGAAUAGAUUACAUGGAUCCUGUCUUUGUAAGAGGGAGGCCUGCAUCAUUAGCCCAGUAUCCUCACCCUCGAAAGUCUGAUGUCUAUCCCAGUGGUCCAGGACUAGUUCCAUAUAGAGGACCCACACCUCACUACCCUGGCAAUCAUCAAAAUAUCGAUUGGCGCACUUACCAAACGUACAGGGAAUACAUUGACAACAAAGGAAUCCAUUCUCAUAGUAGUCGCACUAUCCAGGAGAGGCUCGAUAGCCUGCGAUCUGCCAAUCAAAAUAGUUUUGAAACUCAUCACGUUCCCCGGGUCGACUGGGGCCCGAAGGGGAUACGUAGGAGGAGUACUUCCCAUGAACGCUCUUACCACGGACCCCCACCCCACUUUCAAAUUGCCCCACGCAGUGCCUCCCAGGACCGCAUGAUCAGUUCAGAGAGGAUGAGCCAUGCCAGGAACUGGCCGCCUAGGAGCGUGUCUCAAGAUGGCCUUAUCCACAAAGUACGGUCACACUCCACAGACUAUGUUGACCCAACAGAGCUUGCUCAGCCCUUUGAGAGGACAGGAGGAUAUCGAAGGGCAGACCCUGGUAUGAGGCCUAGCAGACAGUCUAUGCCCAGACGUGCCAUGCCGUCCAGGCCUUCUGUUGGAUACAACAGUGGCCCGAGGGGGCCACACAAUUCUAUGUAUAUAGGACCGGAUUCUCUCCAGAGGCACUCCUCGCCUGUUCUUUCUGACAGACAGACACAUUUUGUAAAAAGAACAAUUGCUGAACAUAGUCUUAGUGACCAAAGAGCUUUAGUCAAAGCCAACCAUGCUGGCAAUAUGCCCCAUCAAAGCCAGAACAGGGUGCGGCCUGAAAGCAUACAACCUGUCGAGGCCGACAGGGAUGUAGCUUUGGUAGGAAAAAGGUCCUCUUCAUGCUCUGCCCCGAAACAGAUGCCUCAGAAGUCUAGCAUCCUCAAACCAACCCAUCAAGAAUCUCAAAGCAAGGUGAAUGGACGGAGCCUCUCAGAGUCUGGGGUCGUUUUGAGACCUAAGCCUCCAUCUGGAAAGAACCCCAGCCCGCUGCGCCACCCCUCCUACAUUCUGGCUGUAAAUGACGACGAUGGAGCAGAUUCCACAGCUGAUGUAGUGGCAUGCUGGCUUCCCAACGACACACGUCGAGAGAUGCAUAUACGUCGUCUCGGGGAACGUCAUACAUCCUGCUCAAGCAACCUGGAUGAAUCGUUGGACUCCAUUCCAUUCAUUGAUGAGCCAGUCAGCCCCAGUGUUGACCAGGAUGCAGUUCCGAUCCCACCCUCUGCCGUGAUAUCUGUUCCACCAUCCAUAGCUACAGGUCCUUCCAGUCCUGACUCGCCCUGUCCUCCCAUUCGCCGACAGCUGUCACAUGAUCAAGAGUCCCUGAGAAGUGCUUUGCUGGAAUCUGAAGCAGCAAGCCAAAAAGAGCGCUCCAAAUCAUAUGAUGAAGGUCUAGACAAUUACCAGGAAGAGAGCAGAGGACGAUCCUCUAGUAGACAUAUGCCCAGUCUCAGAGUUCUGAGGAAGGCGCUGGAUGGACAUAAAUCUUCCGGGGACUCUGAAUCUGGAAGGGAUUCCUCCUCGGAUAUCUUUGCUGAUUCUUCCAAGGAAGGUUUCCUUAGCUUUAGGCAACUUUGUAUGGAUAAAAAUAAGCGUGUAGGCGGAGGAAUGAGAUCAUGGAAGCAGAUGUAUGCCGUGCUGCAAGGUCACACGCUGACCCUCUUCAAAGACAGGAAAGAUGCACUGUCUCACGUCACCACGCAGCCCGACGAGGAGCCGCUACGAAUAAGCGUCAAGGCCUGCCUGAUUGACAUCUCCUAUAGUGACACACGGCGCAAGAAUGUGCUGCGUCUGACCACGUCGGAUUGCGAGUACUUGUUCCAGGCCGAAGGGAGAGAAGACAUGUUGACCUGGAUUAGGGUCAUUCAGGAAAACAGUAAUCCAGAUGAAGAGAAUGCUGCCGUCACAAGCCAGGAUUUGAUCAGUCGGAAGAUCAAAGAAUACAACAUGAUGAGUGCACCUAGCAGCAGGUCUGAGCCAUCGCCCAAAACCUCCCGCCAGUCCCUUAGCAUCAAACAAGCCUUUUUAGGAGGGAAGACAGACAGCAAGAGCCACAGCCCUCAUUCGCCAAAAUCAGAAGAGCGCCGGGCACUGAGAGAUGAGGCCAGUCCACCGAGGGACAGAGGUGCAUGGAAAAUUGGCAUUCCGGGUAUCAUGAGGAAGCCAUUUGAAAAGAAGACACCAGCUGGCGUCACCUUUGGGGUUCGGCUGGAUGACUGUCCACCUGCACAGAGCAACAGGUUUGUUCCUCUGAUCGUGGAGGUGUGUUGUAAAGUGGUAGAGGACAGAGGUCUGGAGUACACGGGGAUCUACAGAGUUCCUGGGAACAACGCCGCCAUCUCCAACAUGCAAGAGGAACUUAACACCAAAGGCAUGGUUGACAUUGACGUCCAAGAAGAUAAAUGGCGGGAUCUCAAUGUCAUUAGUAGUUUACUCAAGUCUUUUUUCCGGAAACUUCCAGAACCGCUGUUCACAAAUGAAAAGUAUGCUGACUUUAUUGAAGCCAACAGAACAGAGGACUCUGUAGAGAGACUAAAGGAGCUAAAGAGGCUGAUCCACGAAUUGCCUGAUCACCACUAUGAAACUUUAAAAUUCCUUUGCGCUCACCUCAAGAGGGUUUCUGACAACUGUGAGAAAAACAAGAUGGAACCCCGAAACCUGGCCAUUGUGUUUGGCCCAACGCUGGUCCGAACCUCCGAGGACAACAUGACAAACAUGGUCAAUCACAUGCCCGACCAGUGCAAAAUAGUGGAGAACCUAAUCCAGCAAUAUGACUGGUUCUUCACGGAUGAUGGCGAUGAAGAUCCUGUUACCACAGCUGAGCAGGAGAGCACGGUGCAGUCUCAGCCUGUGCCCAACAUCGACCACCUGCUGUCCAACAUUGGACGGACGGCAGCGUCGCCGGGUGAAGUCUCAGAUUCAGCAUGUAUCGACUCCUCCAAAUCAAAGAGCCUGUGGGGGUCAGGGAAGGACCAAUGUAGCAAAGAGAUGCUGCGCUCCUCCUUCUUUGUCAGCCGCAAGCGCAAGAAGCCAAAAGACAAAACUCAGCCCAGCAGUUCGGAUGACGACCUGGACGCUGGCUUCCCCAAGAAGGACAUUGCAGGGGGGGGUCAGCAACAGGAGCCCCCGUGGUCUCCAGAGAGUCACACUGAGGAGAAGGUGGAGGAAGGGGAGGACGUUGCAAGUGAGAGAGAGAAGCAGAGGAACAGCUCAGAGGAACAGCUUGACAAAAUGGACAGGAAUGAUCUGUCUCCUUCCUCACGUCACACCUCGCCCUCCCGGUCUCCUCGCCUCAGCUACCACACGACGGCCGCCCACCAGUCGUCGCUGUCAGACCCGCUUUCCAACUUCGACGACACAGUGUCUGACCUUGGCACCAUGAACAGCACCAGCUCUCAGGCCUCCGCGCCCCGGGCAAGGCACUGCAGAACAGCUGCACCGGGACAGGAAGCGGGCGCCAGCGGGCCAGGAGCGGAGGUGUGCUCCAUCACCUCUGACUACUCCACCACGUCCUCCAUGACCUUCAUGACUGGCGGUGAGAUCAACACACUCAGUCCCGAAGUGCGAUCUGUGGCGGAGAGCAGGGGAGGGGACGAUGCAGACGACGAGAGGAGUGAGCUCAUUAGCGAGGGCAGGCCCAUGGAGACGGACAGCGAGAGCGACAUGUCCGUCUUUGCUUUGGGCAAAGACGCCACAGUGCCUGAGCGGCGAGACCUGCAGGAGACCCCACGCCCUUUGGCGUCCCACAGACUCAUCGACUGCGACACGCUGUCAAGAAAGAAAGCUGCUCGACAGAAGACCGACAGCGAGUCUUCACUAGACGGAUCUCGCAGCGACAAAGAGUCCAACAGAUUGUCCCAGGUUUUGGAAUCGGGCAAAGGUCGCUCCACCGGCAGCAGCCUCAGCUCGUCAGACAAGUCUGAGCCAGCGUGGAAACUGAAGAUCACAGACCGGCUGAAGGUGCGUCUGCGCAUGUCUGUGGACGACAUGUUCGGCGUGGGCAGCCAGCGCAUCCCUGAGGCUCGCAGUAAGAAGAAGAACAUCAGACGCAGGCACACCAUGGGGGGGCAGCGGGACUUUGCCGAGCUGUCUGUUUUGGGUGACUGGCCACAGCAAGUCGGCCUCUGCUCGGGCUCUCGCUCUGAGCUGUCCGCCGUGGACCGGCUGAAGCCCAAAUGCAGCUCGCAGGACUUCUCCAUCGGCGACUGGAUUGCUCGCGAGCGCCACCGCACCAGCAACCCCGAGGUGAGCCUGGACCUUGGUGAGCAGCAGGAGGCGCUGUGCAGCAGCAACCUUCUUGGAGCCUCGUCCUCCUCGGAACUCUCACACCAUGCCGCCGAGGCCAUGAACGGCGACCUGCCGCAGGGUAAAAGUCUGAGCCUGUCAGCCACGGCGCAUCCACACAAACUGGCAAGUUCCCAGGUGGUCCACUCGCGCUUCUAUCAGUACCUGUGAGUGUAUGUGUGUGUGUGUUUGUGUCUUACAGUCAGUGUGAUGUUCAUGAAUGAGCAUGUUGUACAAAUAUUGUGGUGUGCGGGCGCGUGGAAAGAGAAUGACUCCACGUGAAAGCUGUGCUUGUGUUUAAGGCGUGGAACAAUGCAUUCUAUUUUUUUAAUGCUAACAGACCAGGCCCUCAUGACUAUAGAUUCCCAUCACACUGAAGGACCUUACAAGGCUGUAAAGCACAGUGAUGCCCGAAUGAAGACUUAGCCAGGUGGAUUUUAAGGAGUAGCUUUUUAGAACGAAUAGAAAAGAUUUCUAGUUUUUGAAGAGAUAUUUUUGUGUUGAGAAAGUUACAAUGUUUGUGAAUGAGUAAUGAAAUGAAGAAUGUACAGAUGCAUUCGCUGUAACAUGACUAAAAGCUUUACACGCUUGUGUUCAUGCUGAAGUGUACAUAUCUGAUCUGUCUGUGUACUUGAAUCACAUUUUUUGGUACAACACGUGCAAGGACUGCCGGCAAGCUGUCUGUUGUCAGAGGCUUCUCCAAAGGUACAAAGCUGACAUGAAGAUGCUUAAAUACGCUUGUUAUCCAUGCUACUUUCAUGAUUCUAAAGAGCACUGAACAAUACUGAAAGGAUCUAUUCAAAAAUGGGAGAAGAAAAUGGGGAAUGAAAUCACACACAAAAUGCAGUUUUUCUCUUUGCAAUAGGAAGUGCCUGACAAUGAAAUGUUAAGGGUGCCAUAUUGUCUACUGUGAAUGACCUUUUUUAUUGGUGACGCUCAGUCAUUCUACAGGUUCUCUAAGAAAAUGCAGAGCUUCCAUUCCUGAGGCAUUCUACUCUGGUCUUAACACAUUUUCUACUAUUGUUUCCAUUGUUUUGUUCUUUUCUUUUUUUAAACAUUUUAACAGAACUUGAAUUUAAAAUGUUCAUUGUAGAAAGAAAGUAACUUAAAUGUAUAUACGGACACAAUGUUUAGCUGCUUUACUGUUCAUUUCCAUUACACAUUGCAGGAUUCAGUACAGUAUUGUGAGGUUCUGAUGAUGCUCUUUGUGUGUGUGUGUGUGUGUUUGUGUGUGUAUGUAUGGACAGUUUGGUACGAGGAAGGUGGACUGUUUGUACAAACACUGCGUUCCUCUUGGUUUGGGAGAGGAAUGCAUGACUCCGGAAACACUGGAAAUAAAAUUUUGU